AUGCUUGCCGAGCCUGUGUGGGACAAGGAGGAAAUCGUCUAUGCCGACUUGAGAAUGGCAGAUAUCACAGAGUCCAGGCUUGACUUUGACCCGGUCGGCAGUUAUUCUCGGCCAGAUGUAUUUUCGUUGACGGUCAACACCAAGGCUGGAAUCAACGUGGCAUUUAGCAGCUGA